AUGGAUAGAAACAGACCACAGCAUCCGUUUCAGCAAAACUCCGUGGAACCUGGAUAUGUGAACGACCCUGUCCCUCAAGGAUUUGCGCCUGAUCGAAUGGGCAGGACGAAUGAAUAUGCCCGACCUCCCAAUUUGAAUGCUUCAGAGGUUAGGCCGGUGCUUAAUUACUCCAUACAAACAGGAGAGGAAUUUGCUCUUGAGUUUCUGCGCGAUCGGGUGAUUUCUCAAAGGUCUGCAAAUCCUAAUGCAGCUGGUGACAUGGUGGGAAAUGGGAUGAGGGAGUAUAAACUUGGGCAUAUACAGUCAGCACCAGAAGCUUCGUUAUGUCAAGAUAGAAAUUUAGGAAAUUUUCAUGGAUAUGCAUCUUCUUCAGCCUCGGGUAGUUUGACAGCAAAGGUUAAAGUUCUUUGCAGCUUUGGUGGGAAAAUACGUCCACGUCCAGGUGAUUCCAAGCUUAGAUAUGUAGGAGGUGAAACACACAUUAUUUCAAUAAGAAAAGACAUAACUUGGCAGGAGCUCAGGCAAAAAGUUCUUGAAAUCUACUACCGGACUCAUGUUGUGAAGUAUCAACUUCCUGGUGAAGAUCUUGACGCCUUGGUGUCUGUAUCAUGUGAUGAAGAUCUCCAGAAUAUGAUGGAUGAGUAUAAUGAGAUGGAAAACCGUGGGGGUUCGCAAAAGCUUAGAAUGUUUCUGUUUACGGUUAAUGAUUUGGAUGGUUCUCUUUUGGGGGUUAACAAUAAUGAUGUUGACUCUGAGUUCCAGUUUGUGGUAGCUGUAAAUGACAUGGACCUUGGAUCGAGAAGCAACUCAACCCUUAACGGAGUAGAGAGUUCUUCGGCAAACAAUUUAGCUGAGCUGGAUGUCAGGAAUACCGAGGGAAUCAAUGGUAUUGGCGCUUUGCCGUUAACGGGUGUUGGUUACCAACAAUCCUCUAUACAAUAUUCUGACUCUGCUCCACCAAGCUCCUUGCUUCAUUAUUCUCAAUCUAUUCCACACAAUGCUGCAUUUCAGUUUCAGCAAGCUGUUCCACCAAAUCCUACUCUUCCGUAUCCACAAUCUAUUCUACCAGGUUCCCCUCUUCAGUAUCCACAAUCGAUUUCCUCUAGCUCUUAUGGAAUGUACCCUCAAUACUAUGGAGAAAGAGAGCAAUUUCCGAUGCAUCAUCAUGAUCACAGUUCUAAUUACUCUAUUCCCAUGCCUUUCCAAGGACAGCCUUACCCUCACCCUGGCAUCACACAGCAAAACGUACCAGUGCAAGUAGAGGAACCAAACAUAAAACCUGAGACGAAAGUUCGUGAGAAUGCAGAGGCUGAAAAUCGUCAAAUUUUGGCAAAGGAUCGCCAGAAUGUUCCUCAAGCGGAUAAUGUUGAGGUUAAGAAUCACUACGAAGUUCGGGAGGCAUCAGUUGCAACAACUGUACCUAACCAGGAUGCUGCACAUAUGUUGCCCCCAAGAAGAGACACACGGCAGAACAAUCCAGUGAAGCCUUCUACCUACCGUGACGCUGUUGUUACUGAGCAGGUUCCUGUAUCUGGUGAAGAUGAUCAGCUUUCAACAUCAAGUGGUACUUGUGGUCUUGUUCAUACCGACUCUGAGUCAAAUUUAAUCGAUCUUGAUUACCCGGAACCUUUACAGCCCACACGGAGGGUAUACCGUUCGGAGAGGAUACCUCGUGAACAGUUAGAAAUGCUUAACCGCUUAUCGAAGUCUGAUGACUCACUAGGUUCUCAGUUCUUAAUGUCUCAUUCACAAGUUAGCACCGGACAGCAAGAUCCAGCAAAAGAAGCAGAGGGUAAAUCACAUGAAGAUUCCCAUAUUGUUAAUGAAACAAUAUCUGAAAACAUAAAGGCGUCGAAUGAAACCUUGGAGAAAACAACUGUCAAUGGUGGAGGUAUUGAGACCGAGGCUCCUAAAUUGAGCCAUGUAGACACAGCCAUGAAUCAUGUUAUCCCUGAAAAUCGAGCUUCUUCUGGCGUUCUUAUUGAUAUCAAUGACCGGUUCCCUCAGGACUUCCUUUCUGAAAUGUUCGCAAAGGCACUCUCUGAGGAUAUGCCACCAGGUGUCAAUCCAUAUCAGCAUGAUGGAGCUGGUGUUAGCUUGAAUGUAGAGAAUCAUGAUCCUAAAAAUUGGUCUUAUUUUCGGAAACUGGCCGAGGAACAGUUUAGUGAAAAAGAUGCUUCUUAUAUUGACCGAACCCCUGGCUUUCCAUCUGACAUGGAAGAUGCCGGAGAGAUUAGCAGACUGAAUCGCGUCAAUCCAUUGACUAGAGAUGGCGUUUCAACAGAAAAUUUAGGUCAAGAUUAUAAUUAUGGUGCUGGGAAUAACGAGGGUGUACAGAUGGAGGUCACAGAGAGUGAGGAGUUUGAUGCUAUGGUUGAGAAUCUGAGGUCGCCGGACUAUGAACAUGAGGAUGAAAAGACAGAAACAAGGAAUGCUGGACUUCCUCCACUUGGCGCAUCUCUGGCAGAUUACGACGCGAGUGGCUUGCAGAUCAUUAUGAAUGAUGAUCUCGAGGAGCUAAAGGAGCUUGGUUCUGGCACAUUCGGUACAGUGUAUCAUGGGAAAUGGAGAGGAUCAGAUGUUGCCAUCAAGAGGAUAAAGAAGAGUUGCUUUGCUGGCCGAUCAUCUGAGCAAGAGAGAUUAACUGGUGAAUUCUGGGGAGAAGCUGAAAUUCUUUCAAAGCUUCAUCAUCCAAAUGUGGUCGCAUUUUAUGGUGUUGUAAAAGAUGGACCUGGUGGUACGUUGGCCACUGUAACAGAGUAUAUGGUUGAUGGUUCUCUGAGACAUGUUCUACUCAGGAAAGAUAGACACCUUGAUCGUCGUAAGAGACUAAUCAUUGCCAUGGAUGCUGCAUUUGGAAUGGAAUAUUUGCACGCCAAAAACAUUGUUCACUUUGAUUUGAAAUGUGACAAUCUACUUGUGAACCUCAAAGAUCCUUCUCGCCCAAUCUGCAAGGUUGGUGACUUCGGUUUGUCGAAAAUUAAAAGAAAUACAUUGGUAUCGGGUGGUGUACGUGGAACACUACCAUGGAUGGCGCCAGAACUUCUAAAUGGUAGCAGCAGCAAAGUUUCAGAGAAGGUCGAUGUCUUCUCUUUCGGUAUAGUCUUGUGGGAGAUUCUAACUGGGGAAGAACCAUAUGCUAAUAUGCACUAUGGUGCUAUAAUAGGUGGGAUAGUAAACAACACACUGAGGCCAACCAUACCGAAUUACUGUGACUCGGACUGGAAAAUAUUAAUGGAGGAAUGUUGGGCUCCAAACCCGACAGCACGACCAUCCUUCACGGAGAUAGCCGGCCGGCUACGUGUGAUGUCAACUGCAGCUACAUCUAACCAAUCCAAACCACCAGCUCACAAGGCUUCAAAGUGA